GUCCUUUAUGUUGGUUUUUCAGGACAAGCUCACCCUCUAGUGGCCAAGGCUGAUUUUAUUUCAGUUACUGGACUAUCUGAAGUGCAACUUAUCCCAUCAUUUAACUUGAGACAAAUGUUUCUAAAAUGUAAUGUUUGAAACUGUGUAGGUGAGGUGUUCCAGCUGUGUGUGCUGGUUAUUUGAGGCUAUUUAAAAUGUGCAUGAACUCACAGGAAAGAUCAAAUAUAAUUAGACUGAUAUUAUUGUAAGACAUCUGGCAUCUAAGUGGUACCCUGCACUGACUUUUCUUAAGGUGUAGCCAUCAUUAAGUCUCGCACUCUAAUUAUGUUGAUCCUGAGUGGUGACAUCACAGCCUGGGUCUUUUUUGUCAGCCUCUCAUCCUCAUGUAACCGAAUCCUUUUCACACCUGAUAUAGAAAACCAGGUGGGGACGAUCCACAGUUUCCGGGGCAGUUUUUCAAUCCAGCCCGUGAAAGAUGAAUUUCAUGCAAGGUUCUUCUUAAUGACGUGUCCUCUCCUAUGUUAUUUAAAACACCUUCUCCACCAAAAAGAUGUAGUCAGUCCUAUAAUGGCUCUGGGUUGGGUGGCGUUGCUUCUGUUUGCAGGUUGUAGUGCAGUGCUGGGAAAAACGCAGGCCUUGAAUGUGUCUCAAAGAUGUAUAAUGGAUACCGACACUUUCCUCCAAGAAAUUAACCACGACAGGCCACAGGAAUAUGCUGUUCUCAUGUAUGACGCAUUUGGGAAGAUGGGUAGCAAUGUCGAAGGAGGUAACGCCAACCAGCCUGGCUUGCUGCAGCAGUGUCGCUCUGCCCACAGUCCCGCCUUCUCUGGACAGUACUGCCAAGUGUUCCUUAAGCAGGGAACAUUCCAGUACUUUGUGGGUAUUUGUGUUCCUGACUCCUGCAAGGAAGAGGAGGUACAAACGCUGGUGCUGUAUGGGAGAUUUCGGUUUGGUCAGAUGUCCCUCAUUCCUCCUUUACCUCCCAUCCUGGUCAAUCAGUCCACUCAGGAGAUGAUCAUGACUCACUGCUUGUCUAACACCAUCGCACCCGAUGCAUCAGAUGUCACCUGCCUGUUUGUGUGUUGUGUAAUGGUAGCAAUUCCUCUUGCUGCUACCCUGUUCACGGCUAUAAUAAGGUGGCAACGGAAGAGAGAGGUCAGUCCAACAGUGGAGUCUUCCUGUUUAAACUCUGGACUCAACCUUUAUGGGACCAUGAAGUCCAAUGGCUCCUCUAGUAGCGAAAUGAAUAGUAGCACAUCAGAGGAAAAUAGUAACCACAGAUCACUGUGUUUUCCUCGAAGCUGUGUGUACCGGUGCCUUCAGGUGCUCUCUCUACAGACUACCAGCCAGGGUGUCUUAAGCACCUCCUCAUCCAUCCCAGGAGGAGGCUACUCCUCCCUGAAUGGCAUCCGUGUUCUCAGCCUGUUCUGGAUUAUAUGUGGACACUCUGCACAGUUCCCCGUAAUAAACAACCUGGAUAACUACAAAAACUGGAAGAAAACAGUUGAAAGCAACCCUCUGUAUGUGUUUACCAUCAGUGGGCCUGUUUUUCUGGCUGUAGAUACCUUCCUACUGCUGGGGGGUCUGCUUAGUGCCAGGUCUCUGCUGGGCUCCAUCCACAGAGCUGAGGACAAACUGAGACCCAGUUUGGUGGCCGACUACCUCUUCAAGAGGAUUAAAAGGAUUCAACCACUGCAUCUGUUCAUUAUGUGUCUAACUAUUGGCCUUAUCUCUGUGGUCCAGUGGGGACCCUACUGGUUCCCAUUUAUAGACACAUUGAUGGAUUGUAAGACAUACUGGUGGGCUAACUUACUAUUGAUUAGCAAUCUCCUCCCAGUCCAUGAGAUAUGUGUUCCUUGGACAUGGUACCUGUCUCUUGACUUCCAGUGUUAUGCCACCACUCCUCUACUGGUCUAUUUCUACAGACUGAACAGAGGUGUGUUUGCAGUUGUGGCAGGAAGCCUCCUGCUGAUGACCACAUUGGCUGGUGCUGUUAUAACUGCACUUCUGCAGUUGCCAGUCUUCCAGCCGUCUACACUGACAUCUGAGAAUUAUGUCUUGUAUUACUAUGUGAAACCCUACACCAGAUAUGGGCCAUUUUUAAUAGGAAUAUUGACUGGAAUAUACCUGACAACAAAGAAAAAUCAGCUGUUAAAGCAAAAGUGGCAGGCAGCACUUGGUUGGUUCUGCUGUCUGUCUCUCAUGGCUGUGUUGGUUGGAUUGGCCUACAUCCUCAGGGAGACCCCAGCCUAUCCAUCGGUGCCACAUGCCCUCUACCAGGGACUGCACAGACCACUCUGGGCUCUGGCUGUAACCUGGAUCAUACUGGCCUGUGAGGAAGGUUAUGGAGGCUUCAUCCAGAGCCUCUUGUCAUUGGGUUUCUGGGUUCCUCUCUCCAACAUUAGUUUUGCCUGCUAUCUGACACACCCUGUCUUCAUCAUCCUCUACAUCGGCCUACAAGAGACCCCAAUCCACUACACAGAUAUCAACUUUAUGUAUCUGUUCCUUGGCCACCUGGUGCUCACAUUUGUGGUGAGCUAUGUGUUUACUGUGCUGGUUGAGAAGCCUUACCUCCUCCUGAAAUGGAGCAGUACAUAGAAGACCUAUCCAGCUAUUAACAUCCCAAAUCCUUUAAUCUGUUUGUUUGUGCCGUGUAAGCUCUGCCAGUUCCUUUGUUCCCAUAAUAAACCUAUUUGUUUCUUUUUUU